AGCAUUGUCGCAGAUGAUCACGUGAUCAAAGAUCGACUUCUUCGUUUGUGGCCACGAGGUUUUGUGGUGAAAAUUAAGUUUACCGGGUGGAAAAAGCCCCCUAUUUUUGUAGUUAUACAAAAAUGCCCUCCAGCAACCCAUUGCCACCAAAAGAAAAUGCCUUGUUUAAGCGAAUUCUGAGAUGCUAUGAACACAAGCAAUACAAAAAUGGGUUAAAAUUUGCAAAGCAAAUCCUGUCAAAUCCCAAGUUCAGCGAACAUGGAGAGACCUUGGCGAUGAAAGGUCUCACUCUGAACUGCUUAGGCCGCAAAGAUGAAGCUUAUGAUCAUGUACGUCGUGGCCUCAGAAAUGACCUACAGUCUCAUGUUUGCUGGCAUGUCUAUGGUCUUCUACAGCGUUCUGACAAGAAGUACGAUGAGGCUAUCAAAUGUUAUAGAAAUGCGCUCAAAUGGGAUAAGGACAAUAUUCAAAUUCUUAGGGAUCUAUCGUUGCUUCAAAUUCAAAUGCGGGAUCUGGAGGGCUAUAAAGACACUAGAUAUCAGUUGUUCAUGUUACGUCCUACUCAACGAGCUUCUUGGAUUGGUUUUGCUAUUUCGUAUCAUUUGUUGAAAGACUAUGAAAUGGCAUUGAAAAUUUUAGACACUUUUCGAAAUUCUCCAAUGAUUUGUUAUGAUUAUGAACAUAGUGAAUUGCUAUUGUAUCAGAAUAUGGUCAUCCAGGAAUCAGGAGAAUGUGAACAAGCGUUAAAACAUUUAGACAAGUAUUGUGAUCAAAUUUGUGACAAGGUCACUGUAAAAGAGACUUAUGGUAAAUUAAGACUUCAAUUAGAGCAGUAUGCAGAAGCGGAACAAGUUUACAAGGAGUUAUUAGAUAUUAACCCCGAAAAUACAACAUAUUAUACUAGGCUAGCAGAGGCUGAAAGACAUACCUCACCAAGUGAAACAUUGCAUAUGCUCCAAAGAUAUGAAGAGCUCUUCCCUCGAGCGUUAGCACCGCGCCGUUUGCAACUCAAUUUUGCAUCAGGAGAUGAAUUUAAAGUUUUAGUUGAUCGAUAUUUACGAAGAGGGCUUCAUAAAGGUGUGCCACCAUUAUUUGUGAAUCUUCGUUUAUUAUAUACUGAUAAAGAAAAGGUCGAAAUCAUAUCAUCUCUACUUCUACAAUAUAAGGAGGCGUUAAAACUUCACGGUCAUUUUAGUGAUCAAGAGAAAGAUAAUCCCAGAGAACCAGCAUCUGCUUUAUUGUGGACAUAUUAUUACCUAGCACAACAUUAUGAUUAUCUCGGUCAAACAGAGAAGGCAUUAAUUGAAAUUGAUGCUGCCAUCGAUCAUACUCCUACCCUUAUAGAACUUUUUGUUACCAAAGGACGCAUUUACAAACAUGCGGGGAAUGUUCAAGAAGCUUAUAAGUGGCUUGACGAAGCGCAAGGGUUAGAUACAGCAGAUCGAUAUAUUAACUCUAAAUGUGCCAAGUACAUGCUUCGUGCGAAUCUUAUUAAAGAAGCAGAAGAGACGUGUGGGAAAUUUACGAGAGAAGGGGUUUUAGCUAUGGAAAACUUAAAUGAGAUGCAAUGCAUGUGGAUUCAAACGGAAGCAGCAAAUGCGUACAAACGCCUUGGAAAAUAUGGAGAGGCAUUGAAAAAAUGUCAUGAAGUUGAUAGGCAUUUUUCGGAAAUCAUAGAGGACCAAUUCGACUUUCAUACAUAUUGUAUGCGGAAAAUGACAUUACGAUCUUACGUGGGUCUUCUGAGGCUAGAAGAUGUUCUUCGAGCUCAUCCGUUUUACUUUAAAGCAGCAAAAUGUGCAAUGGAAGUUUAUUUGCGACUACAUGAUUUCCCUUUGCCAGAUCCAGCACAGACACAAGAGAUCGACACUGAAAACUUGGCGCCAUCCGAAUUGAAGAAGCUAAGGAACAAACAGAGGAAACAACGCAGAAAGGCUGAAUUGGAACGGCAACAAGCCGCUCAAGCUCAGGAAAAACGAGAGCAGCAUAACAAAUCUCGACAGCAAAAUGACCCUGAUCUCGAACAACCCACACUAGACGAAUUAAUUCCGGAAAAGCUGGAAAGGAUCGAAGAUCCACUGGAACAAGCAAUAAAGUUUCUGCACCCUUUGCAAGAACUAGCGUCGAAUCGAAUAGAGACGCAUCUUAUGGCUUUCGAGAUAUAUAUUCGCAAAGGUCGCACUCUUCUCAUGUUACGCUCGAUAAAACGCGCUCAUAGGCUGGAUGCGAACAAUCCAGAUUUGCAUACGUGUUUGGUGCGUUUUCUGCUGCAUACCAGCAAAAUGCAGCUGGAAGGAGCGGUAGGCGAAGUUGUAAAACGUCAGACUGUCGGGAUCUUCUCCAGUACAAAGACGGCUCAAUUAAAUGCCGAAUACUUGAAGAAGAAUAGGAAUUCGCUGGCGCAUCUGUUGCAAGCCGCGAGGAUGUUGUAUGUCCUAGACCCAUCCGCACAGACGAAAGCGCUAUCCCUCGCGACAAACAUUGAGAAUCUGGAAGGCGUGACGUUGCAGAACUGCACAAAGGUGCUUGAGGCAUUGCGUAACGGCGACUUCGGACACUGCGACGAUACGAUAGCCGAUUACGUGGCGAAAUGUCACGUGCGGUUCCCGUUCGCCACCGCGUUUCGGCCGCCCGAGCCGAAAGCCAACAAUCAUCAAGAGAAAGAGAACUCGAUUAAAAACUGAUCCAGGCACGCGCUAUUGCAGCGUCACUGAAUUGCUAUCCGUAGUUAGGCGAGUCAAUGAGGAGCUGGUGUGCGGAGCGUUCUAAUCUGCUCUAGAGAACUUAAAAUCAUAUUUUAGGUGUCGUGACAAAAACAAAUGAAGCGAAAUUGGCGAAAUAACCAAUCGAGUAAAGCAUGUGUUAUACAGAAACUGGUUCCUCGAGAAUAUUUCGCACGUAGUGCGAACAGUGCUAGAACAAUACUGGACAAACAAUCUUAAUAAAUUAUAAUACGACGCGGACCCAUCUAUGGUUUUCAAUGUGGUCCGGAAUGUUAUGAGAAUGAAAAAAAGGGAUAAGAGAUGACGACUUAGCUAAAUAUUAGUUAACAAUCGAGAUCGAUUAUUAAUUUGAUUCACGUUCUACUUAUUGUGUGCGGCAACGCUAAAUGCGAAAAGAGGGAUGGAGAUCAAAGCGGGAGGGGUGUAGUCGACGAAAGUGCGAAUUGUUUUGUGUACGAGACGUGCAGUGUGUAAAAUAACGCGUGCGAGACUAACACAUUGGUACAAAAAGACAAGACUUGUAUACAUACAUACGCGCGUUCUAUGCGAAUAUUUCUACUCGAGAUUAAGGUGUACAAUUUCCAGCGAUGCCUACAUAAUACUCUACUAUGUAGAGGCCGCAAAACGCUAGACGAUCGAGUACCGAGUACUGUACCGUGCAUGUCCGUCGCCGCAUUUGGAUGGACUCUGUUCCCACAUCGUGUACUAACUUCUGGUUCGCCUCACCCAUAAACUUUGAUUCGAAUGAACAAAAUGACCUAACGCUUUUCCUCUUAGAUACAUAUUUUAUUCCUGUGUUUUUGCUCAGGGUAAUGAUCUACGUUUGGAUUGGAGCCCUGAUAUUCCAUCGAGAAGUCAAUAAAUAAGUAGUGUCUGUUUGCGAAAGUCUCUGUGAAAGUUAUUAUAGAAACGACAAACUGCGUAUCGUAUACGCCAACUACCAAAGUAUAUCAUAAAUCGAACAGUCGUUAGUGUGCUGAUAACGAUUAUCAUCGUACAUGUAUACAUCGACGGAUUGCGGAAAUUUUAAUGAACACUAAAGGUUUAAAGGCUAUCGGUACAAGUUAAGGGAUGUUAUAAUUACCUCGUUUAAUUUUCGGAAAUAAUGUGCUAUUUUUAAGUUUUCAAUUUUUCCGUAAAAACAUUUUCGAUACGAAAUGACCAUAGGUACUACCAAGCUAUUAAUAAUGUUUGUACAUAUUUCAAAUACUAUAAGUGUAUAUGUCUUACGACUUUCUUUCAAUGAGCGACGAGUGAAUUUGCCGCUGAUGAAUAUUAUCUGAAUGUUAAUCACCUACUCAAACACGUCAUACAAUAAUCAUAAACAUAUAAUAGGUAUCUAUGUUUUAUUGUAUUAGUUAUAUUUACCUUACUCUCUCUUUCUCUCUCUCUUUCACCCGUAAAGUAUCUCAUACCGGCUAUUAUCGUAAAACGAGAAAUCGAAAAUCGAUGGAAUAAUUUCAUUGAAAUAAGAUCGAUUAUAUUGGCAAUUUAUCUCUAGAAUAUAAUGCGUAAACUAUAUUAUAUAUACACAAUUAUAUAUUUUGUUAAAAAAUGUAAUUGGACAUCAUGACCAUGUAUCUAUACCGAAAAUUUUAAUCUUUUUAAAUUUGAUUUAUUUAGAUAUUUUUUUCUAUAAUCGAGAGUAUUGAACUCUGUGUAAUUCCAAGUGUUCUUGAUAGCUUACAUAUUAGUUGCUCCAAUCUUUACCGGAGGUUGUUACCUCAAUAUAAAAACUUUUAUCACGUGCAUAUAGACACAAACAUCAAAACAUAGAAAAUAAAUAGUGCUAAUUGCGAAUUUAUUCGAAUUUGUCAAAAGUGACUCUAGAUUUGCCUUUUAAUCCCUAAACAAUAUUAUACUAGCUUGGGUUAUUUUCUCUCUGAGUUAUUCUCUCUAGACCAUAUAUUUUCUCUCUCUCUCUCUCUCUUCCAUCUCUAUGGAUAUAAUUGGAUUCAUCACACAGAAUUUUUUGAUCACUAAUAAUUUUUAUUAAAUAAAUUACUUUUGCACUUUUUACGUGCAUAGAUAUCUGACCUCAUUAUUAAAAUAUAAUCGAAUGUAAAAUUUGUCAUUUAUACUCGAUGUUACAAAGUAGUCUACAUAUCUUUAGAAUUUACUCAAAUAUUUUGUUUCAUAAAACAGAGUGACAUUAUACAUAUAUAUUGCAUUCAUAUAUAUUGUUCACUCCGAUAUAAUGAUUGAUAUAUGAUAUCAAAUGUAUAGCAAAAGUGGAAAA